AGCACGCGCUCUAUUCCCAGUGCUAAUAAACUUGGUUCUUUGCAUGUUUAGGUGUCUCGUAAAAUAUGGCAGGAAAAAAAGGUCCUCGUGCUGUCUGAUUGGAUAUCAAGGUCAGUCAUGACUGCAGCGCUGGUCAGCGCGCGCUCUCUGGGCGGACGUUAGAAUCCCAAAGAAAGGCGCCGAUGUGCGAGUAGCAGCACGACUUGACGAAAGAGCAGUGCAAUUCUCAGAAAGCGGUGGACAUGGCGCAGGACGAGCUCCUGUCCGGCCUGAAGAAGGACCUGCGCUCGCUGCUGGUGUCGGCGAAGCGCGGCCUGUCCCCGGAGCAGCUCCGCAGGGACUACCUGUGCAUGCUGGGACAGGCCGUGCCCCUCAGGCGCCUCGGCUUCCGCAGCAUGCUGGACAUGGUGAAGCAAAUGCCCGAUGUCGUACAGCUGGACUACGCCGUGGAUGGCAGCGUGUUGUUAAAAGCGAUUGGAGAUGAAACCACGAAAGGCAUCGAAGAACUCGUCUCCAAGCAGCGUGACCGCAAAUCCAGGUCCUCGGCAAGAAAGGGUGCCUCCCCUUCCGGUUACCCUUCUCGUCAACGCCCAUUGGCGCUCCCUCGCUGUGGCCCCGCCCCCCCCGCCAUUCCUGCCCAGCUGCGCUCCCAGCUUAAACGGCUGCUGUUGCACGGUCCUGUGGGGCUGUCCGAGCUGGAGGCCCGCUACACCGCCUGCUUCGGAAGACCGCUCCAGGUCACGCACUACGGCUUCUACUCCAUCGCCGAGAUGCUGGCCGCUGCCUCGGACCUGAUCGCUGUGAGGCAGAGUCGCACAGGCUCCCAGCUCAUCCUGAAGGUGGCAGUUAGGCACAGACCCACCCCUGCUACCAUGCCCCCAACGUGGCCUGCAAGGAUAUCAGAGUUCCCUGCCAAUUCAGUUCAGAGAGAAAAGUCAGUGGUCGACAACAUUAAAAGCCCCAAGAACGUGAGCAGUCCCAAGCAGGGUGCAGCCGUCCGAGCACAGCAAGUGGAACCCAUAGCCCCUGUCCCAGAACCUGCAACGCAGGAGCAGACAUUUGAAAAAUCUGUUGCAAAGCUUGAAGAGGACCUCAGACAGAGGAUUCUAGAGAACGGAGACAACAGCGCAGUCAGCCCGGAGCUGAAGGACAAGCUUCGCAAGGUUGUGGCUGGUCACAGUAGGGGACUGACCAUUCACGACCUUCCGCUGGAGUACAAGAACAUGUACGGGGAAGAUUUACCCAUGGCUCAGUGUGGCUUCCUCAGCGUGACUGAGAUGGUCAGCACCCUCAGCGACACCUUCGACCUGCAGCCCGGACUCGAGCAGGGAGCCAAGCACUUACUAAUCAUGGAGGUCAAACACAACGGCCCUGACCCAGCCUUUUCCCAAAGUGAAGGCGGCCCGUGUGCAGAGUCGCUGAACCCUUCCAGCCAGGGCUACUACUCCACAUGCUCCAAGUCAGCCUGGGAACGGAAUGACGAAGGCAAUGAGACCACGGAAUCGUCGGAGUCCAACGUCGAGAUCAGGAUCACCAACAAGACCGUCCACCAGAUGGAGCCCAUUUUCCCCGUGGCAGUGGUGGGCUAUGCUGACGCCCAUGCGGUGCCCCUGGACGCGCUGCGCUGUCAGCGGUUGAAGCCGCCCACCCGUAGGAAGGAGAGGGAGCUGGUGCCCGUUCUGGUAGAGCACACCGGCUCGCCCGGCCACUUCAGCGUUCGCUUCAGCGUGAACCAGGAGGCCUGGACUUUGGAGAACAUGAUGUUUGAAAUGAGGAACUGUUACACCUUCCCCGAGGUGACGGAGCGCUACCGCCUCCCAGACGCGUAUGUGCGACCUGGCCAGGUGUGUUGCGUGUCCCCCGGGUACAUGUGGUUCUACCGGGUGGUGAUCCACCAGGUCCUCAGCACCACCCAGGUGGAGGUGUACUACGUGGACUUCGGAGACCUCGCCACUGUCGACAGGAGCGGCCUGCGAUUCCUCAAGUCAUGCUAUGCUGAGCUCCCUGCACAAGCAGUUCCAUCUGUGCUUGUUGGAGUCAAGCCUCUCAAGGGCAUUUGGACCAAGGACGCAACAAGCACUUUCCGGAAGUUGUGCUAUGACCGCACCCUAGUGGCCGCAAUCCACAGCUACCAGGAGGACAUCCUGCAGCUCUUUCUGUGUGAUACCCACACAGAAGAGGACCUCUACAUCCACAGGGCCCUUCAGGCCGAGGGCCACGGCACGGCUUGCUCUCCUGCCAGCACGCCUAUAUUUUGGCAAUUCAACCCUGUGACCCUUUACCUCAGAGAAGGCCAGUUGGAGGAAGUAAAGGAACAUCUCACAAACAGGACUCCUUCCGCGGACGUCCCACGCGACCAUGGUCUGGAUUGCUGGCCCCGGCAGCACCCCACCACAAUGCUCACGGACGCGGUGGAGAAGCUCCAGCUCAGCAGAGGAACAGAUGACCUCCUGGACCUUCCCGAACUGGAGUUAAUUGAUGCAGAUCCGGUGGGGCUCGAAACUGGAGUGUUUGACGGCCGUCUCGCAUCGCAGUGCCGGGUGACGCGCUCGUGCUGCUCUCCGUCCAUCCAGGUUGUAACGGCGGGCCCUUGUGGGGCGCUGAUGGAAAGGCAGGCGGCCGCUUUUGGUUACUGGGACUACGGAUGGACUCGCCGAAACGGCGCCGGCAAGGACGCGCCUGAACCUGCCCGCGAGUGGCAGGAGGAAAGUGCAGCAGCCGGGUCAGCGUCGGCGGCUUCGCCUGUCGGCCUGUCAGCGGAAGGUCAGCUGCUCAGUGAGCAUGUGCAGGAGUCGGAGCGAGCCCAGCAGCCUGCAUCCAGCAUACAUGCCCUCAGCCGUGACCGCGCAAGCAUGUGUAGUGGGAACUGGUCCCACAGACCGCCCGCCAGCUUCAUGUUCCCAUCAUCCUUCAACAGUCCUGGGCACAGACUGGGCCCUGACACCCUCUUCUUCAGCCGUGCCUCCCCGCUGGGCCGGGGCCCCGCCAUCCGCAUGGCCGCUGGCACAUAAACGGGCCUCAGCACAACCUUGAGUGACUCUUCCUGCCAGGAGCUAUCUGGAACGGCCUGCUACCACCUCCUUCACUGAAGUUGCUUGUUCAUUGUUUAGCAACUUUGUGUUUUUCUUUCCUUCUGUGGGUGAGGGGGGUUGGGGGUUGAGGGAAUAAUUAAACCGUUGCACCGUUUGUUAGCUGUUGUGUAGGCUGUUCGUGUUGGACCAUGCAAAUAAAGGUGGUGGUUGAAGAUCACUGUUCUUAUGA